UAGAGGCAGUGCAAUGCGUGCUGCAUACUGACAAUAACAUCGUGAAUUAAUUGAUGAUUCGUCUUCAUAAUUGACAUUGGGAUGGAAUAUAUACCACAUUUCGACUCUAUGAAUGGAUUUCACAUGCCACAUUAUAGCAAUGUAUAGCUCACCAAUUCUGCACUGAUGGUAUACAUUUCUUAAAAACACAAAACAAAACUUUUUUUUUUCUUUUUUUUUUUUUUCCAAAGUUUUUUUUGGGAUAUUUUUAAUUUAUUGGAUAUUUAUUUGGCAGUGCUUUGAGAAAAGGGAUACUUUUUCUGUACACGCGUUUCAUCUGCUGAUAAAACAUGGAACACACCGGGAUAGAACGAGUGAAUCAGACUCACCAACAGCACGAACCCAUCAGCUUUGGAAUUGAUCAGAUAUUGAACAACACCGACCAGCAAACCAGCUGCAUGCUUCCAAGCCGGAGCAGCGAGGCGGAUUACCAGCUGGCCAGCAAUGUCUAUGCCAGUGGCUACAACAGUGUGUAUAGCCCGGCCUGCUCCAUGGCAGCGGGGUUAGCAGGAUCUUAUAACGUGAACAUGAACAUGAAUGUUAGCAUGAAUAUGAAUGUUAACGUGAACCCCGGGGGUGCAGGCGGAGUAAUCCGCGUACCAGCACACAGACCAAUGGCCCCAGCGCCACAUCCGCCUCCCCCGACCCGCCCGCCGGGCAUCUCCGCUGGGGUGCCCACAGUGCCAUCUGUACCCAAUAUGGGCGACGCGGCGAACUUUACAUUCCCCUGGAUGGAGAGCAGUCGAAGAUUUGCGAAGGAUAGGCUCACAGCGGAUCAGACUUUGGAAGGACAAGUUGGAGGCCACUCAACGAGAGCAGUGGCUGCAUCCCUGGCUAGCCUCCAGUCUGCUCCAGCAGCAGAGAUCUGCAGGGCAUCCACCUGGGGUUCUGUGAACACUUUAGCCAAACACUAUUAUCCACAGCUUGCAUUUGGAGACAGUCCGCUAGUGGACUUUCCAUUUCACCAGGGUGGUCGUCCAGCGGCCUUGUCUCCGUUUUCCGUGACUAGGAGGAUUGGACACCCCUAUCAAAACCGGACCCCGCCCAAGAGGAAGAAGCCCAGGACCUCCUUCAGUCGAGUCCAGAUUUGCGAGCUGGAGAAGCGCUUUCAUCGACAAAAGUACCUGGCGUCAGCAGAGCGGGCCACCCUGGCCAAGGCACUGAAAAUGACUGAUGCGCAAGUCAAGACCUGGUUCCAGAACAGGAGAACAAAGUGGCGGAGGCAGACGGCAGAGGAGCGGGAAUCGGAGAGGCAGCAGGCAAACAGGUUGAUGCUGCAGCUGCAACAGGAGGCUUUUCAGAAGACCCUGAGCCAGCCCAUGCAACAGGACCCUCUCUGCUUGCACAACUCCUCCCUGUACGCCCUACAGAAUCUCCAGCCCUGGGCGGAGGACAAUACAGUCACCUCAGUCACAAACAUGGCCUCAGUCGUCUGAGGAAGUCAUGAAAAUAAUAACAAGACCAGCACAGACCGAGACUGAGAAAAGCACAGGCUCCAGAUACGCUGCCAUUGGGAAUAGUUGAUCGGAUAGAGUAGGGCUCUUCGUUUCUGAAAAGAUCUGUUUUAAGCAACUGAAGGCCUUAAUAUAAUAUGUGUCUCUUGCUUCUAAGAGCUGCAGUUUACUAAAAUGGCUGAAACUUUCGCUAGGGUUCAGUCUCAUGAGCACCAGAAUGUUUGUCCGCAAAACUGCAAUGACAUUCUAAAGAAAUAGGACUUUUAAUUAACCUAGUUGUUUUACUAUCCUUCUGUAUUUUUAUAAUGUUGAUUAUCCUAACUCAAUAGUGAGGCAUUGCAGUAAUGUUGUUAAAUUGCAGAGAAUGCAAAGCCAACAACAAUAACAAAAGAAUGAACGGAAGAAAAUAAUUUCAUUUCAGCUCUUUUUGUCACCACGGAUUUUGCCUACAAGUUUAGGCUGUCUACAAACCUAAGGGCUUUCUAAGGGUUUGAUCAAUGUUUUCAUUAGGCCUAAUAUAAAAUCUACCAAGACUGGCAAGUGAAUAAUACCAAAGUUUAAUGUCUUUCACACUGCUAUACAAAAACUGUCCUGCUUUUUGUAGAAAUAUGCAAUGCAUGUCCCUGAUUUAGAUUUUUAGUUCUGCUCCAUAUAUGCUUUGCUUUCAUGCAGGUUUCUCUCUUGCCCAACAUUUAUACUUUGUGAACAGAAGUUACAUUUUUACUUUAAAUUGUGCUGUGGGGUCUUCCAUAAUAUCACAUGGGAUUAUAACAUCAACUAAACAUUGCAUAGUUAUAUAAAGGUGCAUAGGAGGUGUUCCAAAGCUCAGAAGGUUCCAUUAUAAACCUGGUUCCUUUUCAUUUCUUUCUAGGUUAACCGAUGGCAGAUUCAAUUCAAAUGCAUGUGUUAACCCCUGUGACAAAGUAAUUUCCAUUACAGGAAAAUGGGCUUCAUGGCCUUGGCCAAUUGAGAAAACAGUUCUUCGUAACUUUACCUAGUUCAGGAAGCUCUAUCUAAUUGGUUGUUAAUUUCAGCUUCUAUUUAUGCCUCUUUCAUUUGGAUGUUGUGAUUGGCCAUUGUCAAAUUCUUCAGUGAAGUCCUGCCAAAUAAAUAGGGGUUAUUACAGCACUGUGAAUACAGAGUGUGAAACAACCCCUCUCUGAGCUGGGCAAGUCGUUGGAUGGCAAAUUUAGGUCCUUGAUGUGUCCUAAUAUUUGUACACACAAUGUCCCUUUUAAACGUUUGCCAUGAUAAGAGCAUAGGAAAAUAUAAUAAAGCAUAUAGUAAAAGUAUGAUAAAGCAUACAUAAGCAUUGUAAAGAAU